AGAAUCCGCGGGUAGCGGGGCUCGGGCGCUGGAGCACACCUCAGACGCCCUGGACGGGGCCUCUCUUUAAGCAAAGCGCCCGCUCGGCAUUGGGCGCCAAACAGCGCCUGAGGAGCGGCUGCCGCUCGUUUGUGGCGCCUUUCUUCCUCUUCAGCGGGCGGCGGCGAGCGCGAGGGCGGAGAUGAGAGGCCGAAGGAGCCGGAGCGAAGAGUGUAGGGCCGCUGGAAGGUCGCGCGGGGAAGUGUCAGCGGGUUGUGUUGACUGCUUUAGCCCAGGCUGGGACAUCCCCUCCACCCUCACCGCUAGGCGGGCCGCUAAACAUCUGCAAAAGGAGGGCGCUUGGACCUGCAGAUCCCGACCUGCCUCCUUGCAAACAGCUGAUUUCCAGCCUGGCCGUCCUUGCAUCUGAAGCGUCCAACCCGAUCACUUGGGGUUGCAAAUCCCCUCGAGGGGUUUCCGUUGAUGCCUCGCUCAGCAGCUCUUUGGCUGGAGUGGGGCAGUCGCAGCCCCUAUUCGUGCUUACAAGUAACGUGUGAUUUCGAUAGGGCUUCUUUCUGGGUUAAGUGUGCAUAGGAUUACAGCAAUGCAGCUGAAGCCUCUGCGUGUUUACUCAGAAAUCAGCCCUACCAAGGUCAGUGGCAUCAUCUACUGUCUAGGAUCGCAGUCUUACACGCGCCAGAAGAGGGUUUCUCCCACACUUUAGUCUGGUCUUGGUACCUUACAUUGUGCAACUAAUUCCCUCGCUCGCCCGAUGCCUCGGUGGCUGUUGGUGCUGUGUUGUUUUCCCUCUACAGUACACUAUACAGUGGCUUUUAAUGCAUCUCCCAGCUUUGUUGAUCUCUGGCCCGGGAUCCCAAGCAGAGAGGCCCACGGGACUUCACGUGUAAGAUUGCAAGGGGGGGGGAAGGCAGCUCCUUUUGCAAGGCUGGCUUCAGCAGCAGCGCCAAGAACAGAGGCAGCACUCGGAGAAAGGGAGAGCCUGCCUUGCGGAAGCUGGUGGAGCGAUGCUGGGUGAAAGGGAGCGAGCCUUGCGAAGGUAAGGGAGGUGAACUAAGACGUCCGCUGCAAAGAUUGCCCCGGUUUCGGAGUUUUCCUGCUGCUGCUUUCCAGCAAAGGAUACUCUUGGCUCAUUUCCCUAUCCACCUGCCCCAAUUGCGUUGUGAAGCAAAGGGAUCUCCGAUGACCUAGUCGAGAGUUUGGUGAAAGCCAUGCGACCCGACGACAUCAACCCCCGGACUGGCCUCGUGGUGGCAUUGGUCAGCGUCUUCCUGGUGUUCGGCUUUAUGUUCACGGUGUCCGGGAUCAAGGGGGAGAGUUUGGGGGACAUCCCUCUCCUGGCCAUCGGGCCGGCCAUUUGCUUGCCCGGCAUCGCCGCCAUAGCCCUGACGAAGAAAACCGACGGAUGCACCAAGUGGCCGGAGGCCAGAUGUUGCCCGCCCUGCUGCUGCUGCUGCUGCCGCAAAAAGCCCAAAGACAAAGACGCCCUGGAGCUGCUGAGGACCCCGUCGGACCUGGAAUCGGGCAAAGGCAGCUGCGAUGAGCUGGCCAAGGAAGCCUACGCCGCCGAGGCCGGGAAGGCGAGCCCCAAAGGAGGCGGCGGGGAGGGGGAGGGCUCCCUUGCCACUUGCGCCGUCGCCGCCGGGCAGGGCUCGCUCAGAAAAGUGGAGCAGGAAGAGAUGCUGAGAUACUUGGAGAACUGCUACCCGGAGAUGCCUGGGAAUGUAUUUGUGGCCGAGGCCACCCCUUACAGUGCCUUAGAGAAGGAGCAGCAGCAGCAGCAGCAGGAACUAUCGCCGGGCUUGGAAGGGGCCACCGCGUGCCCGGACACGGAGGACAACAUUUUCGUGGCUCCCAGAGACAGCAUCAUCGUCUGUUCCUACAAGGACAACAGCCCUUACGACAGGUACUGUUGUUACAUAAACCCCAGCGAAGAAAUCAGCUCGGAUCAGGAGACGGUCGUUUGAACGAACCUUGCCCAGGGGUGCCCUUUCUCUUCCUCCUUCCAAGGCGUUGGCUUUGAAAAUGGGCCAUGUGUUUUCUAACAAUAAUGGAUGGACACUCCAACUGCCGGCUUUUUUUAAAAAUCAUAAUAGUAAUAAUUAUAAUUAAUACUGUUGGCUGGUUUUGCACUGCAUGGGACAAACCUCAUAGCUGUUAACUUCUUUUAAAAAAACCUGGUCUGACUGAUAACUCAAACCUUUUGUGCCUGAAAAACUUGAUUUUCGUUUGUUUCUUCCUGUUAAAAGUAAUAAUAAGCAUGUUUAAAGAGAAUCAGUCUUUUCUAUUACGAUUUGUAUAGCCAUGCUUACUGUUUAGUUACCAAAUAUUGCGGGUGCUGGGGAAGGGGGGGAGAGGGAAAUUCCUAAUGUGCUUGCUAGGUAAAAAGUAAAGCAGAAAUCAAAUGUCAGGAGCUCUUCUGACAAGCAAAAGAUCUUUGGGGUUCUCUCUCUUCUGUCAGUUUUUGCAAGCACUGAGAAAAGGCAGAGAGCAGUUCAAGUAGAUGUUUUCUUGUAAGAUGCUUUAAGCUGGGGUGUGUGACAAGGCCAAGCCUACCAUCAGGCAAGGCGAGAGGGCUUCCUCAGGCAGCUGAUUUUGGGCGUCCUGAGUGGGCAGCAAGCUGAUGAUGCUUUCAUUUAUGAAUUUUGUAUUAUUGCCCUGGAGGGAAGAGGGGCUUGUGGAAUUUGUUUAGUCUCAGCUGCCAAAAGAAUGUGGCCAGCCCUAGCAAUCUAGGAAGUUGCCUUAUACUAAGUUGGACCAUUGGUCCAUGUAGAUCAGCUUUAUCUACACUGACUGGCAGCCACCCUCUAGGGCUUCAGACCGGGGUGUCUCCUAGCCCUAUGUGGAGAUGCUGCAGAUUGAACCUGGGAGCUACUCACUGAGCUGGGGCUCUUCACCCGUGUGUACUGAACACCUUGACUUGGAGAGAGGUGCCAUUUGCUGCUCAGGUACUGAAACAGCUUGGCCCAGCCUCAAGAGGGAGUGUCUUCAUUUUUAUCAUCUUAAAGAUCAGGUUGCUUCAAAUAAGGUCAUGUGCAGAUGUCAAAGACCGAACAUCAGUUUUAACAGUGAAAAUGGGGGGAAAGUGAGAGAAAAACCAACACUAGCAGCACUGCUGUUAAAGCAACAGUCCUAUACAGCCUUACCUGAAAUAAGUACCAUUGAACUAACUCAGUGGAGUUUACUUCUGAGCAGUCAGGUAUAGAAUUGUUCUCCAAGGUGCAAGUAUGAUUCCCUUUUUGCCUUUUAUUAAUUUUUUUCUUGUUUUAAAUAACACAUCAUAGUUUGCAACUAUUUUUUCCUCUGUAGAAUAUUCUAUAUAGUUUUAUCCUUACAUCACUGUUCUGGCACAACUAGAGAGAAAAUGGUAUCCCUUUGUCUAUGGAAGAUCUCUGCUGAAAUUGACAUGUAGUGCUGUGUAACUGAUCUGCAGCAGGAUAGUACUGCUAGUCUUGAAUGCACAUGUGAUUUUGACUUUAAAAGUAAUGUUGGGCAUGGAUGAAAAAAGUGUUUGGAACUCUGGACUGACAUACUUCUUUCUGACAGCUAUAUCCCAUGGAAGAAAGAGAAUUGCAAACGUAUUUCAAAAGUCAUAUUUAUAUACCACCCUGCUGUUGGUCAUUUUAAAAUUUGAAUCCAAAAUCUAUAUUAUGAUUCUCUUUCAGCAUUCACUCUGACUACUUUGAAUGUAUAGGAAAGGUUCAUUAAAUAUAUAUUUGCGCACAUACAGUACAUAGCUAGACUUUCCACAGCCAGAUUCCUCUAAACAGGGCUCAUGCCUCAUCUCCUGUCUCUGAUCUGAACACUGAUUGACUGUCAAAUGUAAUGCUUUCUCCGGCUGUGUCUGGGCAUCCAUGUCAGUCAGGACUUGCUGCUGUUAUUUAGUGUUUGUUUUCUCCUGCAGCUCAGAUCCAACUUCCCUUUCUCAAUACAUUUGACAAACUGGCCAGUAAAUUGAAAGCUGAUUGAAUAGUAUGACUUGUCCCUCCUCUACAUGCUUCAGGUGUGCUGACUCCAUCUUUUUUAUUUUUAAGGCACCACAUGUAUUAUUCAGUCAACAUUCUAUUCACACACACGUACUUUAAAAAAAGCAGAAUACAUUUUAAAACACUGCCUGCAUACACACCAUACAUUUACAACACAUUCCUCCGCCUCACAAGUCCCAGAAGCCUCUUUUGGCGGGGGGGGGAGAGUGAAGGUGGGUUAGUGACAUCACUACCUUUCAGCCAAUCAGUGCUGUGCACAGUAUCCUGUCUAAACAUUCAGAACUACUUCCCCUCAAGGCUUACUCCAAGAGAGAACAUUGCACAUUUAAGCAAACAUGGUGAGUGCACCUUCACAGUAGGCUCACCAUUAAAAUCAUGUAUGUUUCUGUAUACAUACCCGAGAGAUGGUGUUUGGAAUUCACUGCCACAAGAUUCACUAGGAUUAGAUGAGUCAAGGUCUAUCAAUGGCUAUUAGCUAUGAUCACUAUUAGUUCUUUAGAGACACUGGGCAGUAUAUCAACAAAUGCAAGUUGCUGGGGAAAACAAUUGAGGAAAGCCCUAGUCUCCAUCAUAACCUGACUGUGAUGUUCCAGACAUACCAGGUUGGCUGGAGCUGGGAACAGAACACUGGGCUGGGUGGAACUUGGUAUAAUCCCACAAGGCAAUUCUUGGGUACUUUUAAAGCAAGUGUGGCUGCAUUUAUGCAAUGACUGAGCAGCACUUGGAUUUAAAACCAGUUCUCACCAAAUUCAAUGGAUAAAUCUCUUCUAGUAGUUUACAUUGGAUAUGAAUUAGGUAUUUGUAAGAAAGGUUCAUGUGUUUCAGAAUUGUACAUCUUCAAAAGAAUAAUGGGGGAUAACUCUAACCUGGUUGAGAGAAGACAGUAUGUGGUGAUGUAAAACCAGUGGCAAAAUCCAUCCAAAAUGAAGCAAUUUUUGGCUCCUUUGAGUUUAUUGGGUGUACUGAGCAUGUUCUUAAAUCCUUCUGGUGGAAAGCAAUGAGGUUCAAAAGUGCUUAACUUUGGUUUGAUUGUGCACCUGGGCCUUCCUUCCCCCACAAGGUAAAGGGUAAAGAAAUAAUUGGUUAGCAUUUUGGCACAACGUGGGCUGUGCAUCCAUUCAAUUACCAUUCAUAGCUGUAGUAAUUGAAACAGGAACUUUCUGAUGAUUCAGCGCAAAACUUGUUAUUUGGCAAGCCCUGCAGAGAAUGCAGGGAAUAAAUCAGCAAAUCCCAUGUACAUUAUGUUUCUGUAUCAUAUGUGCAAUAUUGUACAUGUAUAUCUGAUUUGAGAUUUUAUAUGUUACAUAUUUAAUCUAUGCAGAAUGCCUGUCAAGGGUAAAUGUGAGAAACAACAUAUUCAAUAA